AGACAGUCUGUUUUUGCUGCAGUGAACGGUGGCUGUGGGGAAGACGCGCGCACACACCAAACACAGAGUAAAGAGCCCAGGAAAACCAGGAGUCGCGACUUGGGAGCGUGGAGAUAACCGGGAAAGGGGGAAAAGUGGAUGAAAGCGGACCAACAGAAGUCUCCGGACGAGCGGCAGCAGCGCAUCAAAGGAGGGACCUCACCGGAGACCAGGGCGGACAAUAACACCGACUCCCGCACGCGGAAUCCAACGGUGACCCCUCACAGCUCCUCAGCCCUCCUGAGCCUUCAGUGACGCAGGAGGAUCCGUGUGCCCCACCAUGGCCUUCCCAUCAGCCCCUUCCACGCUACGGAGUGUCAUCUUAUUGACAGUACUGUUCACAGCUGCGGUUCACAGCAACAUUGCUUAUGACGAAGACCCCUUGCAGCCUGUGACCUCCGACGAGACUGUGCCCGUCGGGGGCACGGUGACACUAACUUGCCGGGUGGCAGAGAGCGAUAAUUCCUCUCUGCAGUGGUCCAACACAGCACAGCAGACUCUGUACUUUGGAGGAAAAAGAGCACUGAGAGACAACCGAAUCCAGCUGCACCGCUCCCUGCCCACAGAGCUCUCCAUCACCAUCGCUGACGUGCAGCUGUCUGACGAGGGCGAGUACACCUGCUCCAUCUUCACCAUGCCGGUCCGCACUGCGCGAGCUACUGUCACCGUGCUGGGUGUGCCGAGUAAACCUCAGAUUUCUGGCUCUGAGGAUCCGGUGAUGGAGGGAGAAACGGUCACCCUGACCUGCACCAGCACCGGCAGCAAACCCCCCGCCAAGAUUCAAUGGUACAAAGGAGACGAGGAGCUGACAGAUCAUCUGUACAUGGCCGAGCCCCUUCCCGAUGGGCUCACAUACAACGUGAGCAGCAAGCUCUCCCUGACGGUGAGCUCCAAUGACGACAACGUCCACAUCACCUGCGCAGUCAACCACCCCUCUCUCGCCCCGGGGGACCAGAAGAGCGAGCAGACUCUGCGAGUGCUGUACUCCCCGAUCAUACAGAUCCUGCCUGAGAAGGGGCUCCCAAGAGAGGGGGGGAAGUUCACCCUUCAGUGUUUGACCAACGGCAACCCAGAGCCUGCUAACUACAUCUGGGAGAGAAAAGAAGGAGACCUCCCGUCUCUGGCCAGACCCGAAGGAGCUGUCUUGUACUUCUCCAUGCUCAACAAAUCAGACAACGGCGUCUACGUCUGCCACGCUGACAACGGCAUCGGGAAGAGCAGCGGGGAGUACGUGCUUCAGGUGCAAGAUGAUGCAGACAACAUCGCAGACCCCACAGCCAUGUCGACGUCCUCGGGAGUGGACCACGCUGUGAUCGGAGGGGUGGUGGCUGUUAUAGUCUUCAUCCUGCUUUGCCUGCUCAUUGUCUUUGGCAGAUACCUCAUCAGACACAAAGGGACUUAUCUGACCCACGAAGCCAAGGGCUCGGACGACGCCCCCGACGCCGACACGGCCAUCAUCAACGCAGAGGGAGGCCACUCCGGAGCGGACGACAAGAAGGAGUACUUCAUCUAGUCAGAGGAGGAAAAGAGACGAGGAGGAAGUGCUGGAGCAGCAGAGGAGAAGGGCGGAGUGAAGGAAAGAAACAAACCGCCAUUUGUUUUCGCUUCGGUUCUUCACUCUGUCAGAGGGACGCUGGGAGGGGAGGGAACUGUGGGUGGGAUCCAGAGAUUCAACGCCCCUCUUUGGUUUGACACAGGGAAGAGAGAAUUUGCACUGACAUUCGGAUGAACUGAAGUUACCCACUAAAACACACAAAUUUUGAGAGAAAAAAACGUGUUUGAAUGCUUGUAGUCGCUCAGAUGAACAAACCCGACUUGAUUUUGACUCAUUCACACAUCCUCACACAAGCGUCCUUCUCUUACGUGCUGCGAAAACAGAAAUUGUAAGUCACAUUCCGACAUUUCCUCAGAAUCUUUCCGUUCUUCAGCCUCCACGCUUCGUUUUCCUCCACGUUUCAUCCCAAUCCUGCCUAAACUCCAAUUUUGACCGACAAACAAACCUUUAAUACUCGAUUUUACCACGGGACUUUUCCUCUCCUAAAAACGUCCAACACUCGUGCAGAAACAGCAUUCCCACCUUGUGCAGCCAAGCCAAGGCUCUCCGGUAUACAUAUGAAUAUAUACUUAUAUAUAUAUACAUAGAAUUAUAUAGCAUUCUUUUUACUUGAUGACAAAUGUUUGGUGUGCUGUAAAUACACACUGUCUCUCUUUCAUUCAUUCUGUUACUGACAGCAGUAACGUAUAUACUCAAAAAAGCCUGCCUGUUUUUAUGACAUGCGUGGAAAUACAGAAAAGUAUCCAUAUCUGGGGGAAAAAUGUACAAAUAACAACUCUGAUGUUGCGAUGAAAACUAACCUUAUCUGCAAAUAUUUGUAAUGAAUGAAGGAUUUCUUUUGAUUUGCCCUUUUUCGGGGAGAUUUUGUUCGGUGUUACUGUCAGUGUUCCCGGUUUACAGUGUCCGAUGGGUUUUCUGUCACAACCUGAUUUCAAAUGUGUGUUGAUUUUGUGGGGCUUGAUCCUGAGACUCGUCAAACAUGAAACUGUAGCAGGAGCUCGAAGGACACAAGCUCUGAAAGUUGGAGUUUAACUUUCACCUUCACCGCUUUUCUGCCCGGCAACAGACCUGGCGCUGAAUUCGCUGAGUCGUGACAUCAUCAUCUCUACUAAGCCGCCGCUUUAGGACAGGAAAUGUUUUCCCAUUUUCCCGCUCAAGGUCAGACAGGAUUCUACCAAACAUUGUGGGGUAGAAACAAAAUGAAAUUGUAGCUAUAAAACUCAUUCACCAGCUUAACAAAAGAUUUGCUUAUAGAAAUGUUUUUUCGGAGUUGGGAGCCCGCCUUCUCAGUGCCAUCUCCAUUUGGUUGCUGGAAUUGAUUGCAAUCUAACUAAGAGGUACUGGAUGGUGGAGCGUGCACGGGCCAAGGUUUGGCUUGGCAGGCAUUGUUCCCAGUCUGCAGAAAGUCAUUUAGGAGCCUAAAUGCCCUCUCCUCUCCUCCCCUCUCCUCUUCUUCCCGUCCGCCUCUUUCCAUAGUUUAAUCAAUCAGCCCGUCUGCGUCCCCAUCCACCUUCACCCUUUUCCUCCGUCUCCAAUCGAUGUGGACUCUCCUCGCCCGUCUUUGUUUGUUUAGGAUUUAGCAUCUGUGGAUGUUAGCUGAUGGAGCUCGUGAAGGAAUCCCUUCACCCCUGUCAGUCCUGCUCUACUGGGAUCAUUUUUCCUACGAUCGUCCCAGCUGAUCAGGGAUUCUGUUCCUUAACUGCUACCUGCUGCUUUGAAAACAAGUGGUGCAGCGAGAAAGGUUCUGAUCCAGACGGAUUCCGAUCUGGGAUCUGAAGUUGGGUCAGCUGCUUUCCCUCUGUCUUUGGGUUUAGACUGCUACCUUCCAGCUGCUGCCUGGAUUACAUGACGGCUAAUUCCCAGCCAACAAGGCUGAGCGGGCCCGUAUGGUUCAAAAGUGGCAGAAAAUGUCCCCGAUUGGGUUUGUCUGCAGUGUCUGUGGUGACCCCACCUGUGUUUGCCACAUUGACUUAAGUGGACACUCAGUGGGUAGGCUCGCUAAGCUAGCCAGCCGCCCAGUGAACAGUGGAGCUAGCUAGCUCGAUACACCCGAGCUCACAACCUCAGAGCUUGCAACAGGGGAGCUUGUUAGCUUGAUACAGCAGAACUCGCUAGCUCAGUACAGCGGAGCUCGCUAGUUCACUAUAGUAAAGCUUGCUAGCAUGCUAUGCGUCCACUGGGAGGCUGGCUAGCAUAGCGAACCAACCCACUGAGUUUCUACUUAAACCAAACACGGUGGGACCACCAAAGAAACUGCACACAAACCCAUUCAGGGCCACAUUUCUGCCCACUUCUAAACCAUAUGCCCCCCAACCCGACCUUGAUGGGUGGGUGGCUAGAGAUGAUGUAGACCAGGGGUGGGCAAUCUACAUGCGACCCGUCAAACUAUUUACUCUGGCCCGUCAAAUGCGAAUAAAUUAUAAUAAUAAUCCUUAUUUGUUUUUUUUCCUAUAAUUGUCCUGUUUCCCUGUAGACGGUGCACUAUAAGUACAUUGACCUUUGAUCAGGAAGUUAUCAUCAUUUCUGAGCUAUUGAAAGAAUUGCCUUUUUUUACAUUCAGGUGUGUUUUCACAGUCCUUUUCCAGUCACUCCAACUCCACAUGAACGCAGCAGUUGUUUUCCCUGAAGAACAUCAAACCAUUUCUGCAAUUGGUACUAAAAUGAGAACUAAAGUCAGAGUUUUGAAAUAAAAUGUUCUAUUUAAGUUCAAAAUCAAAACGUCUUUUCAUCCAGAUUUGAUGUUAUUCCUCUUCUCUUGUGAGGUGGAUUACCAAAACAUCCCACGGUCCUGAUCCGGCCCUUCUGUGUUGAAGUUCUAUCAAUCAGGGUGUUUUUCUAAAACGUCCCAUCACUGCAAGGUCAAAGCUGAGGCCUUUCCUGGUGGAGUUUGUACUUUCUUGAUGCUCCAGCAGGUCCAUGCGAGGUGGACAUGCAUGAAAAAACCUCAUGCACUGUUAGGAGAGGCUCCUUCCUCAACAGGAUGCAGAGGCGGUCAGACUUUAUGAUCUUUAUUGGACAUUUUUAGAGAACUAGAAAUCACAGCACUGUUUAUGUCACCCUUCAGCGUUUCUCCGUGUGAUGUCUGCAGACCAGAGAACAGCCGUUGUCUCACACUUCAAAGGCAUUAGCCAUGAACUGUAUUUAGCCUCUCAGUCGGACUUCUCUGUGAACGGAGUGGAGUACCUGCCUCAUCCUCAACGAAAAGUGUUGUCUAAUAAAAGCUGAUGGACCUGUAGUUGCCUGUGAUUUCUCGUCCUGUCCUUUUGUCUUCUUUGGUGUGCUAGCAUGUAGCUUGCAUGAGAAGGGUUUGAAACUGUACUGUAGAUAUUUCUGGAGAUAAGAAGCUCUUCCCCUGAGACAUGAGCGGCGGUCUGCCCAGCAGACCUCCCAGCCGUCCUCUGAUCUGCAAACAUUAGCCGUGCCCCACUUUAAUCCAGCAGCACCUCCUCGGAAGCUCAGUCCUCCCCAAAAAACAAAAUGGACUCCUUUGAUUUAUUUAUUUUUUGUAUUGUCCCUCUGCUACUGCAUACAUGAAAGCCACACUGGUUGGUGGUUGAGCUGGGACACAUCUGAGCUUCACCAAGCAUUGCAGUGGCAGCCUUCUGUCAGCAGGUGGCAGCAAAGAGCAGCUUUUGCUUCUCCUCCCUCCACUCUAAAGCACUCAUAUCUUUGCUUUUUGUAGAGCCAAUCUAUUUUUGAAAUCAUGUGUGUUGCUUUCAUGUUUCAAACGUCUCAUUUCCUUAAAGUUAGAUUGUCCAACAUUUGAAUGUUAGAAUUUUAGUUUUGCAUAUUUCAUGGUCUCAUCGAGCGUUUUAGAAUCCUUUGGUGUAAAUAGCCUCUACAGGAACGCUGACAUGCAUCCGCACACACUUUGGUACACACGUGGGAUACAAACACAUCCACACACAUAUUUGGAUAUGCACAGCAGGCAUCUGUGGCGUCUGUGAAUAUUUGUACAUAUGUGUGCGAAUGUGUGUUUGUGUACGAGUGUGACCUAAACAGACUCUGGAGACACUCUUUAUGUGUGUUGCAUACACAUAAAUGUUUCUUAUUCCAUGACUAAUAAAAUGUCUCUUUUUUUCUUCUUUUUGAAUGAAAAGUCUUCCUUUCUAGUAAAUAUCCAUAUCCCGCGGGAAUAGUGCUGUCAUGUGUGUGUUAAUUUGUAAAAUGACGGAUGAUGUCAUGUGAGACCCGCCCACACGAGCUGUGGCGGGUUUUGCUUCUGUUGGCUGUUUUAUUCACAAAGCAUUUGUUCCUGCUUUACUUUCUCUUUUGGAAUUUUUUUAGACGAUCAGUUCAAUUGUUGACUUCAAUAAAUAUUCAUUUGAGUUAUUUUCA